ACGAGUGAUAUUUAUUACCUAAAAAAUGAAAAGUUCUGUUCCAAAAAUUCAAACAAGACGAAAACCAAUUGUUCCUGGCGUUUAUACGUUACAUAGGCCAACAGAAUGCGACCAAAAUUUAAGUGGAAAAAAUAUACAUAGAGAACCGGAUAAAGUAACCGAAGGAAAAACUGUUGUGAAAAUUGUUACAAAUGAUUCAAUACGUGAAGUUAUUGUACCAGAUCGUAAACCAGUUGAUUUACCGGAAAUAUUACCAGCAAGCGAAAUGAAUCGAUUAAUAGAAGCGAGUCAUGUAUUAACAACAAAAGAUCGAAUGGCAAUGUUAGACGCAGCUACAGAACAACGUGCAAAAUUGUCAAGAGAGUGUGAAAUGCGAAAAGAAAUGUUACGAACAAAUAUCAGCCAUGCUAAGAAAACUGGUAAACAUCUAAAUGAAAUUGAAUUAGCAGAACAUAAACGAACAACGCAUCUAUUAAAACGAGCUGUCGAAUUACAGCGUGAAAAUGAGUUGGAAGUACAACUGGCAAAUAGUUUGAUUUUAGCAACAAAAUGCCAAGCUAUACGAGAUGCUCAAAUUGCUGAAAAGGAGUUAAUAAAACAAGAAAUUAUAAAUGAAGAAAAACGUUUACAAGAAAUCCAAGAACAGCAAAUUGCUGAACAACAUGAAGCCGAAAUGAAACAACGUGAGCAAGAAAGAUUAAAACAAACGCAAUAUGUACAAGGUGUUCUACAACAAAUUAAAGAGCAUGAAGUACAACAAUUAUUUGAAAUGGAACGAAAGGAAGAGGAAGCACGCAUGCAAAAUCGUAUAUUAUUACAAAUGCAACGUGAAGCCGAUGAAAAACACAAAAAGAAAUUAGAAGAAGCACGGCGUACACAUGAAGAGACGAAUCAAAUCAAUAAAAAAGUAAACGAAUAUCAUUUGAUUAAAAAAGAAGAAGAGAGAAUUGAAGAUUUACGCAUUCGAGAAUUUUUACGUAAAAAAGCUGAACGAGAGGCAGCUGUUGCGGAAGAGCAACGAUUAAUACGGGAAACCAAAAACAAAGCUCGUGAUCGGUUGUAUGAAAUACAAGAACGUGCAUUAAAUCUACAAGAAACUGGCGAUGAAAUGCGUGCACUUCGUAUACAAGAAGAAGUAGAACGUAAAUGGAGAGCAAAUGAAAAAGAAGCAGCUAGGAAACGAGUUGAAAAUGCUGAAAAAUUAAAAGCCGAUCGUAAUAAUCAAAUAAUGGAUUUGAAAAGGAUGCAAGCAUUGGACAUGGAACGUGAUAAAAUUGAACAUUUUAAAAACAUAAAUGUAAAUAAGCAAUGGCAAGCAAGAGAAUUGCAAGCAAAACAAAAACGUGAUGAAGCGAAUCAAAACUAUCGAAAAGAUUUAUUACGACAAAUCAAUCAAAAAGAAAAGGAGCGUAUUGAAGAAAAGAGACAUAACUUUGAAGAUGGUAUGGCUCAAAAGAUUGAACAAGAAAAGAAAGAACAACAGCUUAAAAAUUAUAUUAAAGAUAAAGUUAAUACAUUGAGGGAAGUCAAUUUUGUUCCUGAAAAUCUAGUUAAGGAUAUCGAACGUCAAUUGAAAAUAUAA